AUGCUCCGAAUCGGCCGUGCGCUCCUGGCGGAGGUCACGACCAUCAACAGUAGCACCGCCUCUGUGAGCGGCCGUCUCAUCCGGAUUCGAAAAAAGAGCAAGUGGAUCGAUCGGCGCAGCACGCGCGUACCGCAUAACGGCAAGGAUAUUUGGUACUUUGGCGAUCAGCCCAGCUGCGCGCUGUGUCACAUACGGUUCCGCUACAAGCAAGAUUACGAGGCGCACAAAGAGAGCGAGCUGCACGUGAACCGUCUUCGGUGGGUCGAGACGAUGAACUGGUGGAAGGAAACGGGCGAGCCAGCCUACCUCAAGGCGUCCAACGAGCAGUGGGAGUGGUUUGAGCAGCAUGUGCUGCCCACCAAGGCGCAAGAGAUGGGCUGCACCCUGGACGAGGCGCGGCGCGUGUACCGGCAAGCCACCAUGACCGAGACCCCAACGUGGCACCGACCGCUUCAGUGCCCCACAGUGAAGCAGGAGGUGAAGGAGCCUCGUGAUCAGCGGUGGCCUGCGUCUCCUAAGUGGUAA